CACACACACACACACACACUGGGAGAUCAAGACUUUUCAGGCCACACCCCGUUGUCCUUCUUUUCUUUUUCUUUUUCCCUCCAUUCCUCCGUCCGUGUCGCUCGGUGAGGAUGGGUGCGGCCUGUAAGAGGUUCUGUGCUCGAGUCUGCUGUUGCUGCUGCAUCAGUGAUGAGAACGAAGAUGAAAAGCGGCCGAUAUUCAGCAAUGAGACAUUGGCAUAUUUUGACCGUGAGGCAAAGAAAAGACGAGACCAGGAGACGAAUCUGUGGAGUGAACCCGGUGAUCCAUCACAUUCGGAGAGAGACGAUGACCGAGCGCUUUAUAACCUCCUGCAGAACCGAGCUAAAACACGCCGGGGCUCACAGGGCUACAGGAGGCUGAGUGUAGACAUUGAGGCCAUGAGAGAAGUGAGGAGGGAAGUAAGAGACAAGUGGAAGAUGAUCCUGGAGAACCUUGGUUUCAUGCAGGAGGCGGAGUCUCUGCUGACAGUCAACACUAGCGCGUCGUUUGACCGAAUGAGGAACGCAGCGGCGGCUCGGAGCCUGUUACAGACCCUGCACUCAGAGACAUCCAUCUUUAACAGCAAAGAGGCGCCACCUGAGAGAUACCUGUUCAUCCUGGACAGGUUAAUUUAUCUGGAUGCUGCAGAUGAGUUUGUGGCAAAAGCUCGGCGUUUUUAUCCUCCCCGUGAUGAAGAUGAUGAAGAGGAGGAGAUGGUGGUGGACCUGCCCUUGCUGCUGUCGCGUGUGAAUCAGCAUCUGACUACAGGAGAGGAGGAUGAUGGUGACGAAGGAGACAUGAGUGGACAGGAGGAUAGUUUGGAUGGUUAAUGGAUAGUUUAUUACCUGCACUCUCACCACAAUACAAUGUCAACAGCCUGCUGUUAGCACUUACAGGAGCAUGUUUAAUCAUUUAUACAUAUACUUAUACAGUAUGAACAUUUCUAAUGGUUAUGUGUGAAGCGUUAGAUCACAGUCUCACUAUCAUGAGACUGUUUUUUUUAGUUAAACCUAGUAGUUAGACCUAGUAGACUUAGGAGAAUGUUAUGGUUUGGUGUAAAGUGUUUAGCUGUAAAGGUCAGAGGUGAUAAAUGAGCAUUUUUAAAGAUGAGAGUUAAAUGUGAAAUAUGAGAUUAAAAUGAAAUAUUGUGUGUGUUAAGCAGUA